UAUUACAAAUCUUUAAUACAUAAUUCCAAAUUGGAAUAUUUUAAUUUGUCACGUGGAGUGGUCACGUGAACAACAGGGACACGCCCAUAGUAGUAAAUGAAGGCUCCGGGGAUGCAGUGCCACGAGAGGCGGCAGUUUCCAAACCGAGCAACGGCAUGGCUGUGAAUGUUUACUCCACAUCAGGAACUAGUGACAACCUCAGUCGCCAUGAUCUGCUGACCUGGAUUAACAGCUCCCUUCACAUGAACCAUGCCAAGAUUGAGCAGCUGUGUACAGGUGCUGCCUACUGUCAGUUCAUGGAUAUGUUGUUCCCAGCAUGUGUGCCAUUGAAGAAAGUGAAAUUCCAGGCCAAACUGGAGCAUGAGUAUAUCCACAACUUUAAAAUCCUUCAAGGAAGCUUUAAAAAGUUAGGGGUUAAUAAAAUUAUCCCAGUGGACAAGCUUGUGAAAGGGAAAUUUCAGGAUAACUUUGAGUUUGUGCAGUGGUUUAAGAAAUUCUUUGAUGCUAACUAUGAUGGAAAGGAGUACGAUCCAGAAGCGGCUCGACAGGGGCAGGAGAUUGCUGCCUCCCAGUAUUCGGCUCCAGGUCUGGCCAAUAAACCUCGGAAAAGCAGUUCUGAGACACAGAUCAGUUCGGUGAAGCCCACAGCUCCAGUUGCUCCACAGAGAAUUGCUGCCGCUUCUCCCAAGCAGGCAACUCCUCCAGUGCAGAGAGCAGAUUCGGGGGCUGGAGAGGAGCUUCUGCAGAUGAUCAGUGAUCUAAAAUGCACCAUUGCGGAUUUGGAGAAAGAGAGGAACUUUUAUUUCGGCAAACUGAGGAACAUUGAGCUGAUUUGCCAGGAAAAAGAGGGGGAAGCCGAUCCAACAUUAAAAAAAAUAGUUGACAUUCUGUAUGCCAUAGAUCAGGAUGGUUUUGAGAUCCCAGAGGAAGGUGCUGGUGAACCAGAAGAGUUCUGAACGAUCUUUAGGCAGCUGCCUGAUGUAAUGUUAAGCUCUUGUUCAAGUGUGUGUUUUACACAUGCACGCUGCCAUCUUUCUUUAGUCAGGUGCCACUGAGCCUUUGCUUGUGCACGUUGGUUUUUGAAUGUUUUAUAUUUGUAAAUGUUCUAUUUCUGUGGCUUUAUUUUUGAAUUAACAAAUGACUAAUAUCGAUGUUGUUAUUAAAGGUGAAUGUUUGUCACACUUUCUACUGAA